GAGCUCCUGUCGGAAUUCUUGUGCUGUGGUGUCAGUGAGCUUACCACCACGAUAAAGCCAAGAGGGACAUGGGUACAAGCUACGACAACGUGCAGCUGCGGCAGGAAGCGAAUCUGGUCUAGUCAACCCUGGGUCGGAAGCAGACCUUUGGGCAACGUGCUGCUGUGUACGGCCAUACUGUUUUCUGGGAUGAACGUGGCAAAGGCUCUUCGCAUGUUUGAAAUGUUGAGGGUGCCAGCACUGUCCAAGUCGCAGUAUUACAGGACCCAGAAGGAGUACCUCAUUCCCGCUGUCAGUUAUGUUUAUCAGACUAGACAGAAGGAACUCCUUGGACAGCUGCAGCCACGUCCCCUAACCAUUGCCGGAGAUGGGAGAUGUGAUUCUCCUGGACACACUGCCCUCUAUGGAACCUACACCCUGCUCGAGACCACUGCCAACCGCAUAAUACACUUUGAAUUGGUCAAGGCAACCGAGGUAUCGAGCAGUAAUGCCAUGGAGAAGCAUGGGUUACAGAGGUGCCUGGCAUUCCUUGAAUGGAAUGAUAUGGUCGUAGACACCCUUAUUACAGACAGACACACUGGAAUCAAGGCGAUGAUGAGGGACUGCUGCCCCCAGAUAAAACAUCGCUUUGAGGUGUGGCACGUCGUCAAAGGUGCCUAUACCAAGUGCAUACUGUUAUGGUUUUCCUGGGGAUAA